UGUUGGUGGGGGGGAAUUAUAAAAUAUAGGUGGCUUAGCCUACCACCAAAGCAAAGCUCCUUUUUCUCGAGAUCCCAUAUUGUUUCGGAGACAGUUGCUGCUUUCUUCCUUGACAAAAGGUUAUUUAUUUUUUUGCACCUCGGACGUAUACAUAUUUAUAUAUUUAUACAGUUACUCCCCAUAUAGUUUAGUUUAGGACUUAUAGUGAUCUGUGACUGUGAUAUUUUUUUACUUUUAUAAGUGUUUAUUGGAAAGUUUAUAGAAAAUUUGUGUUUUGGAUAUAAAAUGACAAAUAUUAUUAGAAGUGUUAUAGAUGGCUACCACGAUCUCAUGGAUAACAAAAGUGACCCCAGGGUUGCCGAUUGGGCCAUGAUGAGCUCGCCUUUUCCAACCUUGGCCAUUUGUUUGACAUACGCUUAUUGCGUGAGAAGAGUUGGGCCUCAAUUAAUGGAAAACAGAAAACCCUUCGAACUCAAAAGAGUUUUGAUUUUCUACAACCUAUUCCAAGUGAUUUUUAGCUCUUGGCUUUUUUACGAGAGUGCAGUAAAUGGGUGGUUGACCACCUACAGUUUAAGGUGCCAACCUGUUGAUUAUUCCAUGGACCCCACAGCCUUAAGAAUGGCCAGAGGUUGUUGGUGGUACUACUUCUCAAAAUUCACGGAAUUCUUCGAUACAAUUUUUUUUGUGAUGAGGAAAAAGAACGAUCAACUGUCCACACUCCACGUCAUCCACCAUGGGGUGAUGCCCAUGUCCGUAUGGUUCGGGGUGAAAUUCAGUCCGGGCGGUCACUCGACCUUCUUCGGCUUCCUGAACACUUUCGUGCACAUCAUCAUGUACUCGUACUACCUUCUGGCGGCUCUUGGUCCUCAGUACCAGAAGUACCUGUGGUGGAAAAAGUACCUCACCACCUUCCAAAUGGUGCAGUUCGUGUUGGUGAUGGUGCACGCCUUUCAGUUGCUCUUCAUCGAGUGCAACUACCCCAAAAUUUUCUGCUGGUGGAUCGGAAUGCAUGCCGUUAUGUUCUACUUCUUGUUCUCGGACUUCUACAAGCAGGCAUACCUCAAGAAAAAGCAAAAGUUGGAGGGUCAAAAAAACGGCACAUCCGAGCUUUCGAAAGCCUUAAAAAACGGAGUGUGCUUCACAACGCAAACGGCCCUCUACGACAACGCUGAGUCGGUAAAGUCGAUGCCUAACGGAUACACGACGUCUGAAAGUAGCAGCAUAAGGAAUCGGGUGUACAUCGACAAAUCAAAAGCGUAGGCCAGCCGAGAAAUUAACUUAAUUUAUGUAACUUAAACUUGUUAUUUUCAUAUUUUCAUCACAUUAGUUUUGUAAUUUAUUAUCUAUUAGUGGAAAUAAUGAAAAUAUACUUUAUAGGCCGGUCCAGGGCCGGCGAUAAUGUUCUUUACUUUUUGUAAACGAGAAUUUAUUGUGUAUCAUGUGUAUGAAUCUCAAUUUUGAGACGGUAGGUUAUCUAUUGUUAAUUGCUCACUUGUUAAUGUAAAUAUUUAUAUAUAUAUACCCUAUUUAUAAGCAUAUAAUGUACAUUUUUAUAUAAAUUUAUUUUAAAAUUA